CCGGAACCAAAGCAGAGACGGAGGGGAAAUGUCGCUAGCGUCGUCGCGGACCGUUCUAGGAUCAGUGUCCUGUUAGGAGGCUCCAGGCGGUUGCUCCGGUGAGUGAGACCCGGCACCAGUUGCAUCCGAGGAUCCAGGACCCUUUAAAAAGAGGAAGGUGUGCUGUAUCACCACAUGGGCCUCGGAGGCCACCUGAUCUGAUCAUUACAGCCUCUGGAGCCUCCUCUCUCAGCUUGAAGGUUAAAACCUCAGCAAAGCCAUGGAUCAAACCACCAGGGUUGUGGGUGUGGACACCCAGGGGAACUUGCUUUACGCGUUGGUGAAGCCAGUAAUGGGCAUCUUCCAAGUUCCCUCAGAACAAGCCGGCAGCGUGGUACAAGGUGGCAUGGACCUCCAGGGUUUAUCUGAGAACACGCUGGUCCUCCCUCAAAUGCAGGGCCAGGCUCCGCUCGAUCAGAACCACGUGGAGAUGCACAACAUGCAGCCUCACAUGCAGCCUCAGAUGCAGAUUUCUGCCCCCGUCCACACCCAGGAUGUGUCUCAGAACCAGGAGACGCCACCGAACCCCAGCACCAAUUCAGGGUCUGGGACCCAGAUGCCCUUCGCAGAGGUGUCGUCCCUCCUGGAUCCGAACAUGAAGGGAUCUAAAGCUCGGAAGUAUCUCAUCUCGUACGAUGAAAUCAAACGGCGCCUGCAGGACCCGGAGAAGAUGUCCCUGCGCUCGCUGGCAGCGUACACUCGUGUCAGCAGAGGCCCGGCCAGCAAGAAAACACUUCUCGAGUCACUUAAUGUUCUCGGCCUCACUCCAAGCACAACUACCUCCGUAUCCUCCUCGUUCUCCAAACUCACAGAAGGCGACACCAGGGCUUUGUGUGAAGAUAUGAAAGAUUUCUCUGAGGACUACAUUGAUUACAGCAACAUGGCGAAGCAGCUCAUCCCAGAGACCAACACAGUUCAACACUGGUCCAAAAUGAUUGAAACCAAGAAUCACCUCGAGGAUAUGAGGAAAUGUUUCAAGGACCCGGGGAACAGCGGUGCGUUUGAUAACGUGACUCACGGCCUCGGCCUGGGGAUGCUGGACGUGGCACUGGACAUGAUCCUCAUGGUGAUCGAGCAGCAGAUCCGCAUCUUGUCUGGUGCAGCGGCGUCAGACCCGGUGGACACCGGUCCGCCGAUGCGCCGUAUCCGCAGGCGCCACCGUAAAACCCACUUAAAUAACAUGGAGACGCGUCACAAGGUGACUGGGGGGGUCAAGGACCAAGGGAAGGUCAUUUCCAAAGGAAAGGGGCGAGGCAAAGCCAGGAAGAAAACAAGACAGGAAACUGUGGCGCUCGGUCCAGUGGAGACACCGGCAGACCAGUACAAGCCAGACGACGUGGAGGGUAACGUCCUCACACUGGUUUCUGUGGGAUAUGAGACUGUUUCCACUGGGCUCAACGCAGCAGGAACUGUUUGACCACUGGUCACACCACAGGUCAAAGGGACCAAUUACAGUCCCAUUCAAAGAGACACAGCAGCGGGACAGUCGGCACAAGUUGAGCUUCAUUGAGUUCCCAUGAAGACGAGCACAGUUGUAGUGAGCUCAGCAUCGCAGUGUAAAAUCUGUGUCCCAGUUCAGGGGCCUGCGUCCUUCUAUUUGAAUGUGUCCUUUCAUUCCUGAAAAACUAAGGAUCCAACAAGUGGAUCCUUCUCAGGCCAACUUCCUCCAGGAUUCAUCGUGAGCCGGUGGCUGAGCUCCAAGUAGCUAACGAUGCCGUGGGAAGAGCGAGACAAGCUGGUGACUUGAAAUUCUCCGUAGACUAGAUUGUCUCUGUCUCUGUCCUGUGAAGGACGCCGUCCCUGGACUGGGACACAGAUAAUGUCACAUGUUGGAGUCCACUGGAGGCAGCAGCAGGGAGUUAGCUUUACUUAGCAGAAAGACUGGAAACAGGGAAGCAGCAGCUUUAAAUUUCAGUUAAAGCCCCACAGCCCUGCCCAGAGGAUUCUUGAUUUCCAGAUCAAUUUAUAUUUGGAAUUAUUUUUUUAUUUUUUGUUAUAAAGUCAACAGGUCUUAAAUGGAAACCCUGCUUAAACAAUCACAAAAAAAGCAAUUAGUGUUUUACAGGCAGGUUUUAAGUGUCUUGACUAUAACAAGCUCGAGUUUCAACAUUUGAUAUAUAAAGUGUUUAGUCCCUUUUUGUUUCCUAAGAGCCAGGCUAUCUGUUUGCCCCUGCUUGCUGUCUUUCUGCUAAGCUAAGCUAACCAGCUGCUGUGACAUGUGACAGAUGUGAGGUUGAUCUCCAUCUUCUCCUCUGACAUUUGGCAAAAAUGCGAUAAAGCACAUUUCCUGAAAUGUUGAACUGUUUCAUUAAGUGACUCCUCUGUUUCUUUAGUAGGGUUUGUAUGUAUUUCGAUGUAUAAACUGAAUCCUGUCACAUUAUAUUUUCCUGUCUUAGGUAUUUUUUUAGCGAACAGACAAACCAAGGAAUGUAAAAUGUAAACACAUUGUUCGUGCACAAGUACAGUUCACAGUUAACUAUAUGCGAGGUCUCGAUUAUUAUUAUUAUUGUUUUGCCAGUACAACGUCUCCUGUUACACUCUUUUAUUUAUUGUUUAGAUUUCCAGGUCUGUUUUUCUGUACUAGAGUGAUUGAAAUAGUGUCUGUCUGUUUUUACUGAAGUAAAAUAUGAAGAUUUAAUUUUCAUAA